UUGUGCAAUUUGAUAUGGAAUGCUUCAGGAAAUAUGGGAAGCUUUGGGGGCUUUAUGACGGCAGAGUCCCAGUGCUUGCGGUAUUGGAUCCAGCUAUCAUUAAAACCAUUCUGGUGAAAGAAUGUUACACAAACUUCACAAACAGGCGGAGUUUUGGUCUAAACGGUCCUCUAAGCUCGGCUAUCACUAUAGCUCAGGAUGAGCAAUGGAAGAGAAUACGCACUGUGUUGUCGCCCACAUUUACAAGUGGGAAACUCAAGGAGAUGUUUCCCAUAAUGAAGGACUACUCCAAUAUUCUUGUGAAGAACAUACAGGACUACGUGGAAAAUGACAAGCCAUGUACCAUGAAAGAAAUAUUUGGAGCCUACAGCAUGGACGUAAUCACCAGCACUUCAUUUGGAGUGAAUAUUGACUCGCUCAACAAACCUAAUGAUCCUUUUGUUACACAAAUCAAGAAACUGCUAAAAUUAGGCUUGUUCAGUCCACUUCUCAUCUGUGUGGGAAGACUCAAAGUAGAUGAUUGA